UGUAAAAGAAUGUCAAACAAUCUUAAACGCAAACACAAAUUCACGAAGAAAAUAAUUUGACAUCGGACAUAGACACAGUAAAUCAAUAUCCCUCAUAUGUACCUAUAUCUCUACUAUUGUGCCUUUAAAUUAGACGUAGACAGAAUAUGGAUUUAAUUGUUCAGAGAAUUCAAUGCUCUUAGCAUCAGCGGAUUUUUUUGACCUUCAAGCAUGUGCGGCAUCCUUGGAUAACAGUAAAAAUCAGAGUUGAUGGAUAUAUAACAAUGGAAGUUUUUGUCUGGAGUCACUUAUGAAAAACCAAAAAGAAAAUAUUCUGUAUGUUGUGGUGAAGAGCAAAAAUUAUGGAAAAUAAAUUAUGCGAGAACAAUGUUAAAUGUAAGACAGAGACUACAGGAGUUUGUUUUGCUGAGGUUAUAAAGAAAGAGAAAGAAAAGACCUAUUACUGUGAUAUCUGUAAAAAAUCAUUCUCGCAUAAAAGCAACCUUGCCACUCACAAACGUAUUCAUACAGGGGAGAAACCGUAUCACUGUGAUAUCUGUUGUAAGUCCUUCUCACAAAAGGGUCACUUGAGAAGCCACAGGCAUAUUCAUACAGGAGAGACACCGUAUCAGUGUGAUGUCUGUGGCAAGUCAUUCUCUGAAGGAAGUAACUUAACUAAACACAAACGUAUUCAUACGGGAGAAAAGCCCUAUCACUGUGACACUUGUGGGAAAUCUUUCUCAGUAGUGAGUCACUUAACCACUCACAUACGCGUUCACACAGGGGAGAAGCCAUAUCACUGUGAUAUCUGUGGUAUAUCUUUCUCUCAGAUAAACACUUUAACUAUCCACAAACAUAUUCAUACAGGUGAGAAACCAUAUCACUGUGAUAUCUGUGGUAAGUCAUUCUCUGAAGGAAGUAACUUAACUAAACACAAACGUAUUCAUACGGGAGAAAAGCCCUAUCACUGUGACACUUGUGGGAAAUCUUUCUCAGUAGUGAGUCACUUAACCACUCACAUACGCGUUCACACAGGAGAGAAGCCGUAUCACUGUGAUAUCUGUGGUAUAUCUUUCUCUCAGAUAAACACUUUAACUAUCCACAAACGUAUUCAUACAGGGGAGAAACCAUAUCACUGUGAUAUCUGUGGUAAAUCAUUCUCUCAAAAUGGUAACUUAAAAGACCACAAACGUACACAUACAGGAGAGAAGCCAUACCAUUGUGAUAUCUGUGGUAAAUCAUUCUCUCAAAAUGGUAACUUGACUAGACACAUACGUAUUCAUACUGGAGAGAAACCAUAUCGUUGUGAUAUCUGUGGUGAAUCAUUCACUGAAAGUAUCCACUUGACUAGACACAUACGUAUUCAUACAGGAGAGAAGUUAUACCAUUUUGAUAUUCUGCAGUAAAUUUUUCUCUCAAAGGAGUAACUUAACAAGACUCAAACAUACAAUUACAGUAUAGAAGCCAUACCAUUGCGAUAUCUGUUGUAAAUCAUUCUCUCAACGUAGUAACUUAACUGACCACAAACAGACACAUACAGUAUAGAAGCCAUACCAUUGCGAUAUCUGCUGUAAAUCAUUCUCUCAACGUAGUAACUUAACUGACCACAAACAGACACAUACAGUAUAGAAGCCAUACCAUUGCGAUAUCUGCUGUAAAUCAUUCUCUCAACAUAGUAACUUAACUGACCACAAACAGACACAUACAGUAUAGAAGCCAUACCAUUGCGAUAUCUGUUGUAAAUCAUUCUCUC